AUGAAAUUUCUAAACUCCAAGGUUUUUAGGAAGGCUCUGAGGGAGUAUGUGAUUCAGCAUCACAUUGAUAUCAAGUGGAAGUUGAAUGAGAAGAAGAAGAUUUCUGUACAUUGUAAGAACAAUUGUGGAUGGAGGUGUUAUGCCUUAAUGGUGACUAGAGAGUGCACAUUUGAGAUCAAGACAAUUAAUCCUAAUUGUACAUACCCUCUAACAUUUCAAAAUGGGCAAGUUACAUCAACCUAUGUGGCAAAUAGGUAUUUGGAGGAUUUUAGUAAGAAUCCUAACUGGAAGGUCUCAGGUGUUAAGCACUAUGUGAUGCAGCAGGUUUCUAUUGAUUUAAGUUUUAAUCAAGUGUAUAGAUCAAGGAAGGCAGCUAGGGGUUUGAUCACUGGGAAUGAAGAGGCUCAGUAUGGCCUACUUAGAGAUUAUGUAGAAAUGAUAAGAAGGACAGAUGUAGGAAACAAGGUGAUAUUGCAAAUAGAGAUGAAAAAUGAGAAUGUAGAACCCAAGUUUAAAAGGAUGUUGGAUGGAUGCCACUUGAAGGGUAGAUUUGGUGGGCAAUUAUUUUCUGCCACUGCCAAGGAUGGAAAUGACAAUAUAUUCCUAGUGGCAAUAGCUGUGUUUGAGCAAGAGAAUAAGGAUAGCUGGAUUUGGUUCUUGGAGCAGUUUGCAGAUGACAUUGGCAGGCCAGAGGAUCUCAAUCUGGUAUUCAUCAAUGAUAAGCAGAAGGGCCUUCUACCUGCAAUGGAGACUUUAUUUCCAACUGUAAAGCACAGGUAUUGUGUGAAGCACAUACACAACAAUUUCAAGGUUAACCACAAGGGCAUGGAGUUGAAGAGUGUAGUGUGGAGGUGUGCUAGCACAACAUCAGUCAGGGAAUUUAAGAGGGGGAUGGAGCAUCUUAAGAGUUUGGAUAAAGAAGCUUGGAAGGACCUUGCAGAUAUAGAGCUUGCACAGUGGACCAGAUCCCACUUUUCUCCAAGGGCUUUGACAGAUUUUCUAGUAAAUAAUCUAAGUGAGAGUUUUAACUCUAUGAUUGUAAAGGCUAGAAACAAGCUAAUAUUAUCAAUGCUGGAGUAG